AUGAUGAGCACCAGACCGGCUGGCCGGAGGUACGCUUUUGCUGGGGCCGAGGAGGCCACCCACCCCGACUCUAUGAGGGCAACUUUGUCUGAGUUUUUCUCCACUUUCAUCUUCGUUUUCGCCGGGGAAGGCUCCAUCCUUGCUCUUGACAUGGUGCGGAGCCCAGAUAGGAUGUACUACAGAGAGACAGGCGGACUCGGAGCCUCGGGGCUAGCGGUGGUUGCACUGGCGCAUGCGCUUGCCUUCUUUGCAGCGGUGGCGUCCAGUAUGAACGUGUCGGGUGGACAUAUCAACCCUGCUGUCACCUUUGGAGCUCUUGUGGGUGGGAGAGUCUCCCUUCUUCGGGCUAUUUACUAUUGGGUGGCUCAGCUUUUGGGAGCGGUUGUGGCAUCUCUCUUACUCAGGAUCACUACCGAUGGAAUGAGGCCAAUUGGAUUCUCGGUUGCAGCUGGAGUGGGGAACCUGAAUGCACUGUUGAUGGAAGUCGUUCUGACAUUUGGACUGGUGUACGUUGUGUACGCCACGGCCAUUGAUCCCAAACGGGGCAGCCUCGGCACCAUCGCCCCCCUUGCAAUUGCCUUCAUGGCCGCUUUAGUUGAUACCAUCCAAGUUUGUUAA